CCUCACUCCGCUCGCAUUCCACGAGCUGCCGAGAGGAGCGUUCAUUUCGCACUCCAGCAUUUGUGCCGGCGGCCAACGAUCGACGCGUGGUCGCAAUAAACCAAGCGCAGCGUCGCGCUCAGCCUGGCAGCGUUGUGCGCAUGCGCACGAGCGUUCCGAUUUAGGGGGAGCACUAGCGAAAGCUCGACAAGAGCUGUCGAGCGCUCGGCGUAAGGCCAGCUUCCCGCAGCCAUGUCGCGCAUGGCGCUCGAGUAAGGGCACGCCACAAAAGAGCAAACAGGCGGCCGAUGCUCGACCGCUGCACACCAAGUCGACUCCCUUCGACGGCGCCUACACCGGAUGGUAGAUGGCCCCCGCGUAAGGACCAGUGACGAUGUCUAGGCGACCGAGAGAGAGAACAAGAUAAAAAAAGAUUGGAUUCAUGGACGCUCUUGUGUCACGCUGCGCUUCGGCAACAGCAAAUGUAGGCGGCGCGGCCCGACUGGAGAUGAACUGCGAUGCCGUCUACGUGGCUGUGGGACCAACAGACGUGACUGGCUGACUUCUUCCCACUUCACGAAUGGCAACUACGCAAUCUGGGAAACGCUGGCGCUAUCCUUGAGCUACAAAAGCCUCGAAGCGGCAAUGCGACGGCGGGGCAUUGCUCACCGCUUUCGCAGCGGCCUUACAACGAUCACUGUGUCGUUGGUUCCAGCCAACGAAUGUUCCAUCCGACUGAACAACCCCCAGGCUGCACAGGAAGCCCUCCAUGCCACGUCUUCAGCCACACCUCUUUACCGGAACAUCACAGACAUUCGGCUUUCCGACACUCCAGGAGGACGUGGAGCACGGUCAGCCUGUCCCCGCAUCUGCCACAGGUUGGAGGGUCAUUUCCGGGUAGGCCUUGCCUCGAAAAGCAGGGCCUUGGAGGCCACCAACCCAGAGGUCGAUGGGCCCUCCUUCGGGGACGGCGCAGCAGCGCUGGCUGCUGACGCCAGGGCACGGCCGCACGGCACGGCCGCAACCACGCUCGUUGUGGUCUGGGCCGGAGCCGGAGUCUGCUGCGACGCUGCCCCCUUGCGCGCCGCACCAGCAUACCCUGAGGUUCGAGAGUAUGCUGCGUGUCCACCGUCACAGUUGGGACAGUGGGGUGUGCCAUUACAGUUGUUGGAUUCGUGUUCGUGUUCGCCACACUUUGCACAGCCGCAGGACAAGAAACUGCGUGAAACUCGGCUCGCGAAAAUUGCAACCGGCAGACAGCCAUCGGCUACAACUCGGGUAUGCAGCAAGCACAGACGUGAGGAAGAGUUCUGCUACAGCGCCGGGCCUGCGAUGUUCGCUGCAGAUGGUUCCGAAUGGGUGCCAAACAAGUCAACCAGGAUAUGCUCUAAUCAUUUCGUCAAUGGGGAAAAUACACAAUCAAAGGACAUCCUGACAAGCCCACACUUUUUCCGGACGCUUACAAAGUGCGCCAAGCUGACGAGAAUAAUCUAACGAAUAAAAAGACCUGUUAGAUAAGGGCUCGUUUGUCUCACUUAAUUAAUGUGCACAGCGACUAGUAGUUGCACCGAUUACGUCGGCAAGUGGGUCCCGGUUCUGUGUUCAGCAGUGAGCCCCGACAGACCGCUUACAACAGCUUCAAAACCGCAAAAGCUUUCGUUUGGCGCCAUGCCAGACGACGACGAAGAACAGAACGCUAGUGCACCGUGGUGUCACACAGUGACUUUUAGUCAAGAUCGCGCCCGACCGGAUGAAAUUUCUCAAUUUCGAUCAAGCAUGGUCACUGCUACAUGGUCCAGCAAUUGGAAUCGUGUUAGUCUAGCUAACUCGGCAUGACGGCGCAGACGACAGCCUACGAUCUCGAUGGUGAAGCUCGAACGCUAUGCGCGGAUUGUCGUCGACUGAACAUAUAUCGACAAAAUCGCGAUCCAAAGUGACCGUGCAGUUGUAUCCGGUUCAGAUAUAGCUGUAUGGCGAUCUGUAGUAACAAUGUGAUGUGGCAUCAAAUGAUAGGCCGCGGCUUACAACGCGCUGGAGUGAAAUGAGGCAUGCAUGGCCAACAGCGUGGCUUCGAUUAGAAGAACCUAUUAGAAGAAAUUAGAAAUAGAUUAGAAAUAGAAAUAGAUAGAACUAUUAGAAAUAGAUAGAACCUAUUAGAAGCGCUACGUUUUCAGGGUUCCAGUUUAGUGACCUCGAUGUUAGGGCCACAUUGCGCUUUACUCACAUGCAGUAUGACUGUGUACGGUUGUUUUCCCUGCUGCGAACGGCACUUCACGUGAACGUCCAGGCCGGCCACUUUUUUUGCGGAGAGAACAUGUGAAGCAGCGUACAGCUUGUCUCAGCUGGAUAACGCAGCAGCUUGAAAGUACUGUGUUGUUCCUUUAAUAUGCCUACACCAGCAUAAAGUAUUUGCGACAUCAUCGAGGACCACGCUUGCACCUGCAUGUACACAAAAAUGGCGAAUCACGGAUAUACGUGCGGGUUUCAGAGACAUGCUCACGAAGUUAAAAUUUCGUGGUCUUCCCACCUUCCCAGUGUCGCGCCGCUCGCCACAGGCGGC